GAUAAGUCACCGGAAGCUCGUCUAUCAUCCACUAAAGACAACACCGCUGUGUAGCAAAUUCUGCCGUCGAUAAAACUCAGAAAUUCUGCCGUUCGUUAACACUUUUUACCAGAUUUUUCCUCUUUCCUUCGUGUGUCUUCGAGCGUAACAUUAGCUCGGCCAGGAACAUGGGCCGGAGCAGGAGCCGAAGUCCGCCAAGACGAGCAGAGAGACGACGUUCCCGCUCAGCAUCACGGGACCGUGAGCGAAGACGGAGAGAGAGAGAUCGCUCUCGCUCUCGAGAUCGGGACAGAGACAGGCGCAGAAGUCGCUCGCGGUCUCCUCAUAGGAGGCGGUCAAGGUCUCCUGCAAGACGUCAUCGCUCCUCCUCUCAAUCUCCUGACCGUAAAGAGGCCAAGCCGGGAAAGUCCAUUCAGAUUUCAGAGGAGGACAUGGAGGGCAAAACGGAAGAGGAAAUUGAGAUGAUGAAAACGAUGGGAUUUGGUUCCUUUGAUACCACCAAGGGUAAGAAAACUGACGGAUCAGUAAAUGCAUACGCUAUCAAUGUGUCCAUGAAGAGAAAAUACAGGCAGUACAUGAACAGAAAAGGUGGGUUCAACAGACCGCUGGACUUCAUCGCAUGAAAGUGUUUGCAGCUCAUUGAGGAUAAUCACCUUUGUUCUCCUUCACUGUGGAUGAUAUUGUGCUAUUCCCUGUUUAUUUCUAACCUGUUUUGUGUCAUGCAGCAAUUCUGUAUACAACCUUUGACAAGUAAAACACAUGCAUGUAAAUAAUAGAAGUUGCAGUUAUGUGUGAUGAAAGGAGACUGCAGUUUCUGGAGCUUUGUGUUAUUGAAGUAGGUGUUGUUUUAUUUGAAAUAAAUGCUUUUAAAAAUGG